GGGAAACGCCACGUUGGUGCGGACGGUGGUGUGGCUACGAGAUGUUGUCGAUAUGCCGCGUCGGAGUGCUCACGGCAAUUGUCCUGGAGAUGGCGGUGUCUUUGCCGACGAUGUCUAUCUCAGGAGCUACAUAUGUCGUUCGUUUGCAUUCCAGCGCGUCGGAUCCGUUGAAUCUUGACGGCGUAGUCGGUGAGAAUGCGUUGCUCGGGGAUCCUGUCCCCAUGACGUCCAGCAAUGGAAAGCGAUACCUUUGCUACGUCCCUGUUCAAAAAGAAGUCAAGGACAGUAGUGAGCCCAAGGCAAAGCAAAGCUUGCUUGAAAUCGCGCGCGAUGCCAUCACGCGACUCAAGCCUCGGUGCUUGCCGACUGUCGAAACCGAACUUCACGGUUCCUACGAGAUCUGCCAUGGAAAGAGCGUUGCUGUGUCGGACAUCGACGGUGUAAUGGCGAGACACGACACGAAGCGAAAACUGGGCACAUUGCAGUCCGAAUCGUUCGUCCCAGGGUUUGCCAACUAUGAAUUUCGUCAUGCCGAGCGGUAUCCCGACGACAUUAAGGUUGUGGAGCGACUAGCCACCGGCGAACCAGUCUACACACAGGUGUACGGUCACACAGCCGACGAAGUCGCCGUUGUCGUGCAAUACGUAUGUGCAUCAUCUCCCGUGACAGCACUUCUCGGGCGACGACCGCACACGCCGACAGCCAUGGAAGCCCAAGACCGCGCGAUAGCAUUCCUGUUUGGAUCGCGCUGGUUUUGCUUCGACAAGGAUGCCAAGUCCAUAAACGACGUGCAGGUGGCGCCAUUUGUAAAGCCUUCAUUUGAAGCAAUGCCGUGUAUUCGCCGCACGGAAGGGUGGUGGUCGUAUGAGUUUUGCCUUGAUGAUCGCGUCAGCCAGUUUCACCGCGAGCAAAAUGGAGAAACGACGGCCGAGUUCUCGCUGGGGGUGCACGCACCCGACACCAGCCCGGCACUCUUGAAGAACCACAACCAUCUGACGACGGAAUUCCUUGACGACACAUACGACAAACCCCAACCGACGGUUGUACAAGUGUACGAAGGAGGAACUCCGUGCGGCGAGGUGGAGCGAACUCGGUCGACGCGGGUCCUGCUCUUUUGCCCAAACUUGAACAAGCAAGCACCAUACAUCAUCAGCAUUCAAGAGAGCGCGACUUGUUCGUAUUUGUUAAAAGUGGCCGUGCCUUCGCUCUGUGAACACCCCCACUUUGCCAAUGAGGAGCGUCUCCGCUUGGAGUCGUUGUCCCAGACAAUUCACUGCGUUCCAUCCUUGGAAAUCACCCCGCCUUCCGACGCACAAGCGAAAGCAGUAUCGUCGUCAACGGCGUCGAAGACGUCAAAGGACGAAUUGUAGCGUUCGCCCCCGAACCACAGAAUUCAGACCUGCAUUUGGCGUUCUGACAUCUGACACUUCGUGCGCA